CUGUACUAUCCAGUCUGGAAUCAUAUUUUUUUUAAAGUCGUUUCUCUCUCUAUGCGACUCCAAGGCGAUUAGGGUUUCUCAACCUUGAUUUGCCGCCGUCGGUGUGGCCUCUCGCCCACCGGUGAGAAUCUCCUCUGUUUCCCUCCUCUUCCUUUCUUCCAUGGGUAUGAUGAUGCUUUCUCGGGGUUCAGAGUCACCGUUGCUCCUUCCCCCACCUCCUGAACCACCGCCGUUUAUUUUUCCUAUAGAUCUACUCGCUGGGGUCUCUGCUCCCGACCCUCCUGAUCCCCCCCGACGCUCCUGACAUCCUCGACGUUGUGGAUCUGUUCUCCUUACCCUGCCUGUGUUUCACCUUAGCAGCUUCAAAGUUUCCUCCUUUUUACUGUACGACAACAUCUGACUCAGUCUGUAUGUUGCUCGUUUCUCUUGGAGUGAACCUUGUCAAGCCUCUGUUUCUCCCUACUGCUGGUUGCAGGUUUCAGAUCUAUAAUUUCGUAUGUGGAAAACUUUGUUUUUUCUCUCCUUUCUUAUGCAUAAUUUGGAAAGGUAUGACCUCUGUGACCUGUCUAAAUGACUCUAAAUGGGAUGGAAGAUACCUCAGAUUUGGAUUCCUUGUCCUCAGUUUAAGAAUUCAUUUACGACAAUUACCUCAGUAUGAAGACCUUAUGCUUCUUGUUAGUCAUUGUUUAACUCAGUACGAAGCUGUUAGGCACUUGUUUUACCUUACCUUACCUUACCUCAGUAUGAGGUUCACUUACCUCAGUAUGAGGUUGUUGUUCCAAAUCUCCAUUUGUGCUCAUUACAUUAUAUUUGUGUGUUGGUAGUCUUCUCUGAUGUUUCAGGUCUACAACUCAAAAAGAUAAGAGAUGGAUUUAAAAAAGUCAAUCUUGGCUUCUUAGUUUCAGACUUGUUUGUCUGGCGGUGGUGGUUCUUGCAACUCCACAUAAUUGUCCUUUUAUGGUUAAGGACUUUCUCACAAUUCCAAGGCUCAUUAAGAUGGUGCUUGAUCACCUCUGUAGCCAAACUUCUUGCUGUUCUCUAUGCAUUUGUUGCUGCAGCAUGUUCGGGUAGCAGUUCACUGAGUGUGUUCUCUCUUUCCCGUGGCUUCAUCUCACUCAUUAGCACUCAUGGUGUUUCACUGUUAAGUUGCUUGCGUGUUAUGUUUGCUUUUAUCUGUGUUUAUGUUAUCCGCUUUGCCUUUGAUGCAGCGGUUUCUUUAGCUAAUGUGGCUAUGUUAUUGUAUCUGUUGAACAAUUCCUCCAUAGAU